AUGCGUUUCCGAUCCUGGGCGGCUGUUGUGGUCAUCUCGACAUUCGCACACCUCACUUCGGCGCACAUGAUGAUGUCUGAUCCAUCACCCUUGAAAGCCAAGAUCAACCCAAACACCGCCGAAGGAAAUGUUGACUACAGCUACACAAGUCCUCUAUCAUCGAGCGGAUCCGAUUACCCUUGUAAGGGCCACUUGAGCGUGCUGGGCACCUCAGAAGCAGAUCCCGUCGCUACUUGGAACGCUGGCGAGGACCACACGAUCACUCUUUCAGGCCAUACCACCCACAACGGCGGUUCAUGCCAGGUGUCUAUGUCUGUGGAUGGCGGUAACACCUUCAAAGUCCUCCGAAGCAUUAUUGGUGGCUGCCCUGCCGGGGAUGGCUACCGGAUUUUAUUCACCCUGCCUGACGAUACUCCCUCAUCCGAUCAAGCCAUCUUGGCCUGGUCAUGGUUCAACAAUCUUGGCAACAGAGAGAUGUACAUGAAUUGUGCUGUCAUCAAAAUUGGAAAUGGCGGUAGCGGCAACAACUUUCGCGCCCAACCAGACAUCUUUCGCGCCAAUGUCGGCAAUGGAUGCAGAACCGUCGACAACGCAGACGUGAUGAUCCCAAAUCCCGGACCCAACGUCGAGCUUGCCGGCUCCAACGCAGUUCCGCCGACGGGCGAUUGCGAAUCUGGUCCUGGUGCUCAAUCACCGGGGGGAUCUGACUCUAACUCUGGCUCUGGCUCAGACUCAGGCUCAGGAUGUGGUUCUGGGCAGGUUUCUGGGCCGCUGAAGAAGAAUAUGCAGCCUUUGCGCCCGCUGCUGCCGGCGCAAGAUAGUCCUGCUGAACCAGCAAAACUCGAAAAUCUCCCGAGGAAAAGGUCUCGGCCUGUGCAAGCUGCCUGCAACGCAUGCCGUAAGCGCAAGUCAAAGUGUACUGGAGAGAGGCCAACGUGCAGUGUGUGCCUUUACCGCCGCAGCUCCUGCGAAUACACCACGCGACCUGGCCGAGCGACGAUCCACGAGCAAGUUUUGGCGCUACUGAAGAACUUACCUGAAGAGGCUGCCCAGGACGUUUUCCAAAGGAUCAGAUCCGGGGCCGACGCCACGACUAUCGUGAACCAUGUCGAGGCUGGAGAUCUGUUACUUCAGAUGGCUAUUACCCCCGAAACGCGGCUACGAUAUGACUUCCCCUACCGUUCCGAGAUGCCUGAGAUUUACAUCCAAAACAAUCCUUAUUUGAAUUCGUUCAUAUACGAAGCGGCAUCACUGUACUCUGCACAUGGGCAAGGGAGACCUUCGCAUGCCAUCGCCAGUGGGUCGCAGGAACUCCAAAGUGUCUACACCAGACCGUUUCAUGCAGCACAAGUCGUCGAGCCCCGCUUGUCCGACGCCAAGGUAUCAUGGUGGACUAAUGUAUGCGAUGACGAUUCACUGAUGCAAGACCUCCUCCGCGCCUUGUUCAGAUGCGAAUAUCAAUUUUCUGCGGCUUUUCAGAAAGACCUGUUCCUCGAAGACUUGGUGGCACAAAAGCAAGACUUUUGCUCUUCACUACUUGUCAACAUAACCCUUGCCUAUGCCUGUGUCUGCUAUCCACAGUUUUCAAAUCGCGUCGAGUAUUGGAACCCCAAUACGCUUGGAUACCGCUUCCUCGCAGAAGCCAAACGUCUCUGGGAACUGCAGGCCUCCGAGCCGCGGGUCACUACCAUACAAGCUGGCAUCCUAUUCAGCGUUUUCCACAACCUGUGCGGUCUAGAUGAGAUUGGUCAGCCGUACAGAAUCCACGGCGUCAAAUUGGCACUCAAGCUGCGUCUCUUUUCUAAAAGCUCAUGUGGAAAUAAUGACUCGAAACGGAAAGGCUGGGCUUACACCGCCUGGGCUCUCUACAACUGGGAAACGCUGGUUGCAUUUUCCUUCAUGAUACCGCCUUUAGUCAAAGAGCCUCCGGACUGGCCAUUGCCUGACCCGACAAGAGAGGGCGACUGGUAUGGCGAAAUCUGGCUUCAAUACCCACUGGUUUCAGACCUUCAACCAACUCAAUUUGGUCACAUCUUUCGAACGAGGGCCAAGUUCAGAGUCAUCAUGAACGAGUAUUGCGACGCAGCAUUUUCUCCAAAUGGAGUCAUUAGUCUCGAUCAAGCCAAUAGACUCCAUGAGAGAUUGAGAAGGUGGUACAGUGACUUGCCGGAGCCACUUACGCCCAUGAUGAUAGCACUUCCAGGCCACUUUCAACUGCACAUAUACUACUACCAUUUGCUACUUAUGAUCUACGAACCCUUACUUGCCGCCAGUAAAGCCAGCGACGCGACAUUGCAAAAAGUCGUUGCCGACGCGAAGAAAUAUCUCCAAACCUUAAUCCGCCUCUACUAUCUCCGGCACGGCUACGAAGCUAUGGACCUGUUUCUUGUGAUACCUCUCAUGCUCACGGGAUACGACUGCAUCAACGCGAUAUUGGAAGAGAAGUCUGAGCAUCAAAUCGAAAUCCUCCGGUCUACGCUCAUCCUAGUCGCGAAAGGGCUGCAGAACCAGCGUCGCAAUCACUACUUGGCUGAAGCGCUGUUUCGAGUUAUCAGAGGACGGAUGCGCCCACAAGAGGUGGCCCUUUUGAGAAAUUCGAUGACGUUUGACGACGAGCAAGAGAUGGAGAAGCACGAUAUGGUGCAGGCUGUGCGCAGUAACUGGCCCGUCAGCAUUGUCAAGAAGCAGGAGGAAGUGGAUGAUCAUAUUCUGACAAAUCUUGUUGAGAGUUACGGGUCGUUAAAUGUGGAGGAGACAGCACAGUGA